CGCCGGCGCCGCCGACGGUGGUGAUGGUGCCGGUCCCUGGCGCCACGUCGACGCUGUGGCAGGAUCUGCCGCACGUGCGGGAGAGCGGCCUCCUGGAGGAGCUCAGCAGCGACGACAUCAAGCGGCAGGAGGCGCUCUUCGAGCUGGUGAUCUCGGAGGCGUCCUACCUGCGCAGCCUGGCGCUCGUCAGCGACGUCUUCCUCUCGUCAGCCGCCCUCGCCGCCGCCAUGGAGCCGCGCGACCACCGCGUCCUCUUCUCGAACCUCGCCGAGGUCAAGGAGGCCAGCGCCAGGUUCCUGCUGGAGCUGGAGGACCGCGUGGACGAGUCUCCGCUCAUCGCAGACGUGUGCGACAUCGUGCUGAGCCACGCACAGCGCGGAUUCCGUGCCUACGUCCCCUACGUGACCAACCAGCCCUACCAGGAGCAAGUCUACCAGCGCCUCAUGCAGGAGAGUGUACAGUUUGCCAGCGUCGUGUCGCGCCUGGUGGAGGAUCGUCGCUGUGAGCGACUCCCCUUCACCUCCUUCCUCAUCCUGCCCUUCCAGAGGAUCACGCGGCUCAAGCUGCUCGUGGAGAACAUUCUGAAGCGCACGGAGCUGGGGUCGUACGCGGAGGAGACCGCCGGCUCGGCGCUGCGCGCACUCGAGAAGAUCGUGCACGAGUGCAAUGAGGGCGUGCGUAAAAUGAAGCAGGUGGAGGAGCUGAUCGCCAUCGCCAAGGUCAUCGACUUCCACAAGAUCAAGGCCGUGGGUCUGAUCUCCCAGUCGCGCCGCCUCGUCAAGAAGGGGGAGCUGCUGGAGGUGACCACCCACAGGGUGCUGGGCGGGUCGCGGCUACGUGCCGGGCACCGCCCCCUCCACCUCGUCAUCUUCAAUGACCUCCUCCUCCUCGCCAAGAAGAGCGCUGGCCGCCUGCAGGUGCUGGAGUACGCUCACCGCGCCAUGGCACAGGCGACGCCGGGGCCGGCCCCCGCGUCCGCCCCCGGCGCCACCGCCCCGACCGCCGCGGGAGCUUCGACGCCGCCGCCGCCGCCGCCGUCGCCGGCGGCGUCCUCCUCCGGUGACAACGACUUCCUCCUGGUGCUGUUGGAGAACCACGAGCGGCGGCACACGGAGCACCGCCUGCGGGCGCCGUCGCCCAGCGACAUGCAGCGCUGGAUCGACGCCAUCUCUCCCCCCAAGCACACGGACGACGGGGAACAAAUCUACGAAGACUGGGACUGUCCGCAGGUACAGUGUGUCCACGCGUACACAGCGCAGCAGGCGGACGAGCUGGCACUGGAGCAGGCGGACGUGGUGAACGUGACGCGCAAAACCCCCGACGGCUGGAUGCAGGGCGUGCGCCUGGCGGACGACCAGCGUGGAUGGUUCCCGGCGUCCUACGUGGAGGAGAUCACCAACUACCACGUGCGGGCACGCAACCUGCGCGAGCGCUUCCGCGUCUUGUGUGCCGCUCAGCGCCUGCAGGACGGGGGGGCCUGCGCCGGGCCCCCGCCGGGGGUCCCGUGA